AUGUACCGAUUGGAUACAGUGUCACCUCACAAUGUACUGAUUAGAUACAGUGUCACCUCACGAUGUACCGAAUGGAUACAGUGUCACCUCACAAUGUACCGAUUGGAUACAGUGUCACCUCACGAUGUACCGUUUGGAUACAGUGUCACCUCACGAUGUACCAAUUGGAUACAGUGUCGUCUCACGAUGUACCGAUUGUAUACAGUGUCACUUCACAAUGUACUGAUUGUAUACAGUGUCACCUCACAAUGUACCGAUUGGAUACAGUUUCACCUCACAAUGUACCGAUUGGAAACAGUGUCACCUCACAAUGUACCGACUGUACACAGUGUCACCUCACAAUAUACUGACUGGAUACAGUGUCACCUCACGAUGUACCGAUUGGAUACAGUGUCACCUCACAAUGUACCGAUUGAAUACAGUGUCACCUCACGAUGUACCGACUGUACACAGUGUCACCUCACGAUGUACCAAUUGGAUACAGUGUCACCUCACGAUGUAUUGAUUGGAUACAGUGUCACCUCACGAUGUACCAAUUGGAUACAGUGUCACCUCACGAUGUAUUGA